AUGUUAAGCUCUUCAGAAGAUAUAUACACUGACUACCUUCUUCAAAUAACGCGUGAUGUGGAUAAUGACGUGGUGCGCGACACCCUCUAUCGCAUGGGCUAUUCCACAUCCAGCGUAGAGAGCAUGCUCGGCCAGGCUCCCCCUGGAAGAAAGCACUGCGGUAGCCUCACCCCCAUCAGCAUCGCAUCAUCGACCUCGCUCAGGGGGGCUCCCAUGUCGCUGGGGCAUCAGGACAGCACGAAGGCCUUUCAGCGCCUCCCCGCCGAGCACCAGCAGUCCCCCCUUGACGUUCAAUCCACCCCGCCAGGCGCCACCGCCGAGGCCUCCAUUCCCGACGCCCGCCCCGAUCCGUUAGAGGAGGCCCCCCCUUCCUCAGGUGAGCACCUCGCCGCACUGCGGGAGCUGCGGGAGUCCCUGAAACGUGACGGAUUUGAGAGGUCCAGCAACGAAACUGAGCGACCCACAUCCGACCUGAGGAGUGCGCACAGGACGUCGGACCUGGACGGCCUCACUCUUCCUUGUGAGCAAGAGGCCGUGGAGCCAGGCCAAGAGGGGUCCCAAGGGGACCUGAGGGACACCUCUGGGACAGCGGUGUCCUCCGCGGAGGACACUCCGGGGCCCGCUUCCCUGCCCUGCUACGACGACCCCAGUGACCGGGUGGGGAGCGGGUCGGAAGGGGUGUCGGAAGGGUCGUGUCGCUGGGUGCCCCCGCGGGCCUGGACGAGUCCAAUGCCAAUGCGGGACAGGUGCCAGCGGUGGCGGCUCGCCAGCGGCUUCAUCCCAACCUGUACGUUGCAUUCCAGUCAACUCAGGAGGUAUGGCGAGUGUGGCAAGAAGGGUAUCCCCCCCACGCGAUUGGCUUACACGACUGACGACUUUAUCCCCGGCCGCUCUAUCAACCGAGAGCCAGUGGGUGCAUCGAAGCGAUGCAGGAGGAUGCCGUUUACCAAUGUGGAAAGCGUGCAAACGACAUCAGCAGCUACCCCUCGAGUUCACUCCGUAGUUAUGCGAGGACGUAUUUCGGGAGAUCCCUUGCCGCGGCAAAGGACCGUUGGCUUAUCCUCGCCCCAUCUUUUCAGCUCGUUGCCUCCAUACUACCGUAGCGACCCGGUACGUCUUUCGCAAAUGUACCGUCAACAGUGGGCGCAGAUGGAAAAAAAGAGCACCCGAUCAACACAGCGAGUCAUAUGGGAAACACGCUAUGAACUUCUCCGCUGUUACGCGAGAUGA